CGCGCGCGGUUAAUGAACUAAACUCGUUACACGUGGAUUUUUUUUUUCCACGUCCGAAGCGGAAAACAAACAGCGUUUUCGCGUAAAAAGUACAAAACAAAUCGAGUUUUUAGAUUUAAUUCUCAUCAGUGUGAACAGAUCCGAUGUGUUGAAGGACAGAAGCGCUUCAUCCAUGCAGGAGCGUUUUGGGGGUGAUGGAGAUGUUUGAUGGAGAUGUUUGGAGGACUGUUGAAUCGCGUGGUCGUGUUUCCUCACAGAAAUGCUCAGUGUUUUCCUGUCAGAGCUGCAGUGUCCUCAACGCAUCAUGUCCUCCGACGCCUCGUCCCCGGCACGUACGGCUCCGUCUACAACCCCCCCGCUGUCUCCUACGUCUCCCGUCUCCCCUAGCUCACUGCGUCUGCCCCCAUGCCACCAGAGACCACGCUCCCCCUCCCCCAUGAGGGGGUACCUGAUCCCCAGCCCUCUGCCCACCCGCCGCACCCGCACCGUCUCUGCAGCUGCGAGGGCUGCUGAGGGUCCGCUCUUCACUGGGGUCUGCAAGUGCUUCUCCCGUUCCAAAGGUCACGGCUUCAUCGUGCCGUCAGACGGAGGUGCCGACAUCUUUGUGCAUGUCUCGGAUAUCGAGGGCGAGUAUGUUCCUGUUGAAGGGGAUGAGGUGAGCUACAAAAUCUGCUCCAUUCCACCCAAACAUGAGAAGGUUCAAGCUGUGGAUGUGACCAUCACCCACCUGGCACCUGGCACCAAACACGAGACGUGGUCAGGAACUGUGAUCAACCCCUGAACAGCAAUGUGCUCCAUCUCUGGGAGAGAAACAGUGCUGAAUGACAGCUGAGGGUGAGACACAGGAUGUUUGGCUUUUCUUUUGGUGAAUAUUUCAAUAUUAUUAGCCUUUUUUGUUUUUCCUUUCGACACAAAAUGUAAAGUUUUGCCCACCAAUUUGCUUUCACCAACACUGUACCUGUUUUUCAGUGGAUUGUAGAGGGAAUAAAGCCUUAAUUCAUAUCUA